AGGAGCUAUGCGACGAAGCAGCCAAGCCCAGCGGCACAGUUCUACAAGACGUUUACCCGCCCGAUAGGCAAAGUGCUCGUCCUUGCCGUCUUCACAUAUCAGGUCGCUUACUGGACUUGGACGAAACUCGAGGCCGACGAGCAUCGUGCGGAGACUGAUGCAACUAUUGUGGAACUGGAAAAUACUGUGAAUGAAUACAAAAAGACAAAGGAUGGGAAGAAG